GACGUAGGUGAAUCAUCAAAAGCACGCACGACAUCAUUCGUUAUUCGUCGUGGAAUCUCAUUGUUGCUCUAUUGUCGUUUUUCUGGCCAAUCACACUCGCUUGGGAAUCCAUUUUCUCAUUACACCACAUCUGCCAAGUAAGCAAGAGCAAUUUAAUAAUCUUUCCAUUUGGAGGAAUUUCAAGGGAAGGAACUGUACGAAGGAGCAGUUGAACGCACAUACAACGGUCGACCAACAGAUUUCACAUCAGGACAAGGAAAGAAUUGGGCAUUCUGGAAUUUCGCGGGGGACUAUCAUUUUACUCCUCGAUCUUCGAUCAAGAAAUUCAAUCGCAUCCAGCACAUCCUUAUUCACUCGAUACGGAGAUAUUUUAACUACAAUCGGCCGUUGUCCUUACACUCUUAUCGUGGCCCUUUGAUAUUCAUCUUCCCUGUCCAUCGUACAUUUCGUACUACCUCAAGACCCCUCGAUAUCGCCAAUCGCUUCGAUAUCAGUUUGGGCGGUUCUCUUUUUUGACUUCUGCAUAUACAUACACAUACAUAUACAUACAAAAUGGUUGGAAAAUCAACAUUAUUGUCCGUCCUGGCUUCAGCCUCAGUGGCGUUCGCUGCUUGCAGUCUCGACAGUCAUUGUCCUGAAGAAACUCCAUGUUGCUCUCAAUAUGGAGAGUGUGGUACUGGCGCAUAUUGUCUAGGAGGUUGUGAUCCUCGAAUGUCAUUCUCUCUCGAAUCCUGCGUUCCCGAACCCGUCUGCGAGAGCGCUUCAUAUACCUUUACGAGCAUGGAUGGUAUAACUUCAAACACAAAAUACUUGGGUGAUGCAUCAAAGUCAAAUUGGGUUUACAGUGGAAGUCCAGUCAUCUACAAUGACAACGUGUUGUUGACGAUGUCGGCAAACUCGGUCGGAACGGUUAUGGCAUCUUCGACUUAUAUGUGGUAUGGAAAUGUGAAGGCAAAGUUUAAGACCAGUAGAGGUCAGGGUGUGAUUACGGCUUUUAUCCUUUUCUCGGACGUUAAGGAUGAAAUCGAUUACGAAUUUGUUGGUUCGGAAUUGACCACUGCUCAGUCUAACUAUUACUUCCAGGGUAUUACAAAUUAUGACAAUGAGUUAAAUAUCACCCUUUCCGAUACAUAUGCCAAUUAUCACGAGUACGAAAUCGAUUGGACUCCUGAUGAGAUUACUUGGCUUGUAGAUGGACAGGUUGGACGUACAAAGAAGCGUGCAGAUACUUGGAAUGCAACCGCAAACCAAUGGAAUUUCCCACAAACUCCUGCUAGAGUCCAACUUUCUCUUUGGCCCGGUGGUCUCGCAAGUAACGGUGCUGGAACUAUCGCUUGGGCAGGUGGUGAAAUUGACUGGAAUUCUGAGGAUAUUCAAAACAACGGGUACUACUAUGCCGCUUUCGAAUCAGUCGACAUUUCAUGUUACAACGCAAAGUCUGCCCCAGGAACCAAUUCCGGAAAGUCAUACUAUUACAACAGUGUUUUGGGAACCAACAAUACCGUCAUUGACUCAAAAAAUGCGACUAUCCUCUCUUCCCUUUUGGCUACCGGAACAAAUAUGACCGCGGGAGAAUCAGCAGCAGCUUCUGGUUCAACUGCCGCUUCCACUGCCGCAACAGUUCCUGGGCUUACGGGUUCCGGUGGUGGAGGAGUUGGAGAUAACCAUUCCGACGAUGGCAGUAGCAGCAGUGAUUCUAGCUCGGGAUCAGCAACUUCAUCAUCCAGUGGUUCAUCUUCAACUGGCAGCAGUGGAUUUUCUCAAGGAGAUGGCUCAACUUCUACCAGCAAAAGCAGUGCAGACAGCCUCGUCGCAAAUCAAGAACGAGUUCUCAAAGGCAGUUUGUUUGCAGGUAUUGUGGCGGUCGUGGCCAUGAUGGCUUUGUAAAAUACUGUAUUAUCGCAUACGGUGGGGUUUCUUUUUUUUUUUGGUAUUUGCAUUUUUUGAAAAUUAGCUUGGUUAGCAUUGGGUCGGGGAUUUACUUACAUUAAAACAGCUUAAACGUUCUUUCUACAGCUUUGUGUUUUUGUUAUUUUCAAGAGUAGACAUGGAAAGUGGAGUGAUUGAUAUAUCACUUAAUGGCGUUUUUAGCUGUCCGUUCCUUUUUGAGAGGGUGGUUGGUAGGCUAGGGGGUUUUUAAUAACAGUUUUUCUUCUUGUGAAUAGCUUUUUUUUUUUUGGCUGGUGAGUGAGGUUGGGUGAAGGAGGGUUUGAUAGAUGAUGACUCAAGAUGAGAUGAGACGAGACGGGGUAGGGGGAUGUUGAAACGAUACGAGAUGUGAUGAGAUGAGAUGAUGGGUAAUGGAUAAUAAAUCCUCAGACUUGAAUAACCUUUGCGUUAACUCGAAGUAGGUAUUCAUAUCACUCAUUCGAGCGAUUAUUAUAAAUGAAUACAUCAAUAUUUUA